AUGAAUAGACUUAAUUCUCAACCUAAAUCAAACAAUCAAGGUCGAAUGACCCCAGUUGAAUAUAUGAUGCAUAAAAACAUCCCUCUUCCCAAUAAGGCAAAAUAUCCGCAUAUGGACACAGAGGCAAGUUAGCAUAGAUCUGAGAUCGUUUAUCAGAAUAACAUUAGCAACUACUCAAAUAAUUCAGAAGGAAACGGCAUUUAAAAAAUACUCGAGGAGAAGAACAGAGAAAUCGAAUUCCUGAAACAAGCAGAAGCUUAAAGCAAAAUGUUAACAACCUAAUUCUAAGAGAUGAAUCAGAAUCAUUAAUUAGAGGUUAAGCAAUUGUUGGAGUAGAUUCAAAAUUAUAAACAAAGGAAUGUUGACCUCAAGAGCCAAGUUGAAUAAUACAUGACAGAGCUCAAUAAAUCCAAUUUAAAAUAUUAGGAGUGUUGUAGGGAAAGAGAUGAAUAUCUCAAAAACUUUAGAGAAUACUCUUAAGAUUAUGAUAUUAUGAAAAUGUAACUGUAAGGCAAGGAUGCUGAAAUUGUUUCAUUGAAAGACAGAAUUCAUAACAUAGAAAGUAGCCAUUAAUAAGAGUUAACUCAAUAUUCAUAAACCAAUGAGCAUUGGAAAAGGUCGCUGAUGGAUACUCAAAUUAAAGAGAUUACUUAAUAGUUCAAUUAGGAUAGAAUCCAAUCUGAUAUAAAAAUAAAAAAUUUAGAGAAUAAAAAUAUUGAAUUAGAAAACAAGUGUGUGUUGUUGGCUUAAGAAAUGGAGAGAAUGCGAGUUAAAGAUUUAGAAUAGAAUAAAGUGGUUAAUAAAAAUUUACAAAAUGAAAACAAUGAAUUAAAAGCAAAGAUCUAGGAAAUGAUGUAAUUUAUAACUAGAUAUGAGGAAUAAAUUAAUGAAAUGGAAUUUUAUUAAGAUUAAGAUUAGAAAGAUAGAAUGAAAAUUGUUGUAUUGAGUUCUGAAAUUGAAAGAUUGCAUUGUGUUAUUGAAGAAUAGUAAUAACAAACUCAAUCUUAUCAAUAAUAGAUCUAGGGGCUAGAACAAUAUGAGAUGCAGUGUUAAUUAUUAGAAGAAUAGUAAUUAUUAAACAAUCAGUUGAAAGAAUAGUUAGAUUAAGAAGUUGAGAAAAAUUAGAAUACUCUAUAGCAAUAGGAAUAUUAUUAAUAAGAAUGGACAGUGAGGAAUUAGGAGUUGUAAGAUAAAUGCGCAAUGCUAACAACUGAGCUUGAGAGAUUAAAUUUAGUUACAAGAAAUAAUGAUAGGUCGAGCAGGAAUUAUUAAUAUGAAAUAGAGUCACUCUAAAAGUAGUUGGAGAAUCAUUUCUAAAUUGUUGAGGAAAAAUCGAAUAUAAUAUUGUAAUUAGAAAUGGAAAUAAGUAACUAUUAAUAGGAGUCGAUGCUAUUGAACAGUGACAAUGAUAAUCUCAAUAUGAGAAUCACUCAAUUGGAGGAAGAAAUUCAGGAAAUUAAAGAUUAAGCAUCCUAAUAAUAAAGUAGGAGAUCUUAGGAAUUAAGAUAAUAAAUCGAGUAUUAUGCAAAUGAAUUAAACAGAACCACUUAUAACUAUAAUUAAGCGAAUCAGGAUAAGGAGAGUUUGCAUUAAGAAUAUGAGAAAAUCAAUAGAGAAUAUAAAGAUCUAUUCUUCACAAGUCAAUAAAAAGAUAUUGAAAUCAAAGAUUUAUAUGAUUAAAUAUAAUUAAUAAGGGAUAAACAUUAAAUUGAGAUAAAUGAGUUAAAGAAAUAAGGAGAGUAUUUGAGAAGAUCUGUACUUGAUCAAUAAAUCCGAGAUUUGACUGAAAAGUUUAAUAAUGAUAAGUAAGCGUUUGACAUGUAGUUUCGAUAAUUACAAUAAUCAAAGUAAUAAGUUGAAAUGCAAAAUUCAAUGUUGUAAUAGAAUCUCUAGGAAUUAUAAUAUACAGUUGAUGGUCAAUUAGAAAUUUAGAGAUAGAAAUUGUAAACAAGUGAGAAAGAGAGAAUCAAUUUAUUAUAGGAAAUUAAAGAUUAUUAGAUGGAAUUACAAAGAGUAUCUAAUGAGAGAUUCUAAAUGAAAGAAGAUUUUGUUAAGGAAAGGAUGAAAAUUGUAAUUUAUGCAACUGAAAUUGAUAGAUUAUGGAGUGUUAUUGAAGAUUUCACAAAUUAAAUUAAAAAAACAGAGGAGUAAAAUAGGUUGUAAAAUGAUUAAAUAUAAUAAUUGACAUUAACUACCCAAUAGUACCAUAAUACAAUUAGUACAUUGGAAUUAGAGAAAAAAAAUCAUUUAAGAGAAAAUAAUAUGAAGGAGCAGAGUUUAGAGAACAAGAUGAUUGUGAUGACUAAUGAAUUGGAGAGAACCAAAAAUCAAUUGUAUGAAGAACAGAGUAGAGUAUAUGAAUAGGAAAUUAAAUAGAAGUCCUUAUUGCAAGAGAUAGAGGAACUAUAUUAAUAAAUUGAAUCAUAUUAGUCAGAAAUUACAAUAAUGUAGAAGAAUGGUUUAGAAGUAGGAGACUUAGAAACUAAAUUUUAAGCAGAAAGGAUGUCUUGGGAAACACAAAAAUAUCAAUUAAACAAUUAAAUUUAGGACUAUGAAUAGAGAGUACAUUUAUUGAGUUAAGAAAUAAAGAGAUUGACCACAAUUGGAGAUGAGAGACUUCAUGAGAUUGAAGAGUUAAGGUUCAAAUUCAGAGAUGCUUCAUUAGCUGAAAACUAUGAACAAUUAAAAACAGAAUAUGAUCUAUUGGAGUAAUAAGUCAUGGAAUUAGAAUAAAGCAAUUUGAAAUUGAAAUCUCAUACACAAACUUUAGAGAAGUAGAUUUAAUUGUUGGAAUUAUCACUAUAAGAUAAAUCAAGGGAAGUGGAGGACAUCUAUAAUCUGAUGAACAAACAAAGGAGACAGAGUGAAUCCACCAAUAAAGAAGCAGAAAAUAACAGAAAAACAUAAUAAUAGUUAUAAUAAACUAUCUCCAAUUUGGGACAACAGAAUUAAUAAUUAAAAGAGUAGUUAUAAACUGUCAACAAUGAAAACCAAAGCUUAUAAUCAUAAAUUCAAUAUAUGUAGAACAGUCUUCAUGAGAGAGAUUAAAUGAUACAGAAAAAGAGUAGCGAAUUGACAGAAAAGAUCAAGGAAAUAGAUUCUCUGAAAGUGAAGUACGAACAGAAAAUGAACAACUCCAUCAUCUAGUCUACCGUAAUCAGAAACUCUUCAAUAACUAGACAAGUAAUUAAGACAGAUCAAGAGAAUUUUAUUAGCGAUCCCGUAUUGAAAUCAAAAACUUAAUUUAAUUAACACACAGUUAUAAGACCUCCUAGAUAAGCGAUGUCCUAAAUCAAUGGAGACCCAAAUAAUUAGUAAGAAUGA